AUGAAUGAAAAUAGGCUUAUGAAAAAAUUAUCUCUCUCGAAGUUUUUAGGGAAAACCGCUCGAAAAAUGAAGUGGAGAAAGGGUGACGUUGUGAUGGUUGAUUGGAAGGGCUGUUUCUACAAGGCCAAGAUCAUCGGUGUUACCGAAAGUGACGGCGAGACUCAUUACAAGAUCCAUUACGAUAGCUGGUCUUCAAAGUGGGAUCAAGUCAUUCCGGAAAGCGAGACGGAUAAAUGGGAAGCAUUUACUGCAGAAGCUCAGGAAGCUGCAAGGAAGCAAAUCAAGGGCUUGAAGACUCGAACCAAAGGGCGUAAGCGACAUGCUGCAGACGGUGGCGAAAGCGAUGCAACUCCAUUUGCGCCGAAGAAGAAAGCAACUAUGAAAGACGCAACGGAACAAACAUCUCGGCUUGAUUUCCCAGAAACACUUAAAAACAUCUUGUGUGCGGAUUACGAUAAAAUGACAAGCUUGGGACUCUACGUAGCAAUGCCGACAAAAGUCACCGUCCGUCAGAUCAUCCAAGAGUUUUGUGCCAAGAUCGCAGCUUCGGAUGAAGAAGAGAUGACGGUUGAAGUUCAAUAUGUAAAUGGGAAGAAGGUCACUGAAAAAACAACCAAGCACGAAUUCACUGCUUUUGCGCACAUGGUGGAGCAUUUGCUCAACUCGAUGUUCACCAGGUGCCUCUGUGUUGAUCAGGACAAACAGCAAGUCCAGCGACUUGGGGAUGAACUUUUGAAGAUGAACAAGGGCGAUAACGACGAUUUGAUGAAGCCAUUCGUGCCUUCUGAGCAUUUCGGUGUUGUGUAUCUGCUUCGUCUCUUCGUGAAGAUCCACGGUGAUUCCGAUUUCAUCGAUGCAUGUGAUCGCUACAGCUUUGUCAAGCACAGCUCUGACUUUAUGAAACAUUUGCUCGACAAUAUUGGUAAUUACUACGACAAAGAUGCCUACAACGAGACUGACCGUUCCGAUCGUUCGGCUGCC